AUAUGUAGUCAAUGUAUUUUAUUAAACUACAUUGAAUAAAUAUUUCAACAAAGUGAAGCUGAUGAUAACAAUGGCUUUUCUGGAGAAAGUGCAGAGUUAGAGUCUCCACCUUCAAAAGUGACAAAGGAGGUUAGAGGUGCUGUGGACGAAGUAGACCAGGUCUUCUUCAUUGUUCUCUGUGAGGUGGUUGAGACCACAAGAUUAAAUGUCCCUGCCUGGCCUGUGGCUCUGUCCAGCCAGUGACCUUGCCUUCAGCCUCAGUCAGUCUGCUUCUAGACUACGUUCAUACAUUGAUUGACAGACUCUGCUUUCAGGUUGAUCUGCCAUGGCUGUCCCCACCUCUUCCCUGUCCCUGUUUUUCCUCCCUAGCCCUCUCCCCUCCCCCAACCCCCUCCCACCCUGAUUUAGGAUUGGGGAGGAGUCUUCUGGAAUUUCAUAGGAGAGAGUGCAGAGUCCACAGAACCCAGCAAACACAUGGCUAUAAAAGGGCUUCCCUUGCGACCCUGCACAUCUUGUGCGGUCAUCCAGACGCUUGCCUGCUGCCAUGGAGACCAGAGCCCUCUGGCUAGUGCUGCUGAUGAUCCUGGUGGCUGGGUCCUCUGGGAUAGCUGCGGAGUAUGUCGGCCUGUCUCCGAGCCAAUGUUUGGUCCCGACGGAUGUCAGGGUGGACUGUGGCUACCCGUCUGUCACAUCAGAGCAGUGUAACAACCGUGGCUGCUGCUUCGACUCCAGCAUCCCAAAUGUGCCCUGGUGCUUCAAACCUCUUCAGGAGACAGAAUGCACAUUUUGAAGCUGUCCGGGCUCCAGGAAGAGGGCUCUGCACCCUGGACUCCUGCUCAGCCCGCUGACCGAGGGUAGCACUCACCCCUGAUCUGCUCUCUGCUGCAGGCCAAUAAAGGAGCCGGGAACCCUGAAGAAUAAAGACCUCACAAUCGGCACAAGGUUGC